AUGGCGACCGAGGACCCCAAGGAAGCUGGCAUCACGCCUAACUGCACUGUCUACAUUCGGAACUUGCGGGAGCGCGUUAACUUCGGCAAGAUGCAGGAGCAACUGCGAGAGAUUUUCGAGGACUAUGGCCAAGUGACCGAGAUCAUCCUGAAGCGUAGCCUGAAGCGCAGGGGCCAGGCUUUUAUCGUUUUCGACAGCGUCGAGGCGGCGGCCAACGCCAUCGAGGAAAUCAACGGAUUCGAGCUCUUUGGCAAGCCCAUGGUUCUGGCCUAUGCGCAAACGCGAAGUGAUGCGACGGUCUUGCGCGAGGAUGGUCCGGAGGCGCUGCAGGCCCACAAGGAGGAGCGUCUGGCAAAGAAGGAGCUCCGCCAAGCUCAAGAGGCCCAGGAAGCAGCGAACAAGAAGCGCCCCGCUCCCGACGCCGACGACUCUGCACGCCCCAGCAAACUGAUCAAGGGCGCUGGCCUCAAGUCUACCGCUCCUUCUCAGGAUAUGACCCUGGUCGGCGAGUAUGCCGAGCCAAACACAACCCUUUUCCUGCAGCGACUGCCACCCGGCGUCAACGAAGAGGUCCUGAUGGCGGUGUAUGAGCGUUUCGAGGGAUUCAAGGAAGUCAGACAUUUUGAAGCAUAUCCAGACAUCGGUUUCGUCGAGUUUGCGACUCUGGCUAGUGCCAUCAGCGCCAAGGAAGCCACGGACAAUACGCCCAUUGGACCCGAGGGCAAGCUGAUGCGCGUUACUUACCAGAACAAAGGGAACGCGAAUGACAAUUGA